AAAAACGCUCAUCGAUCCAACCUCUUGACCCGAAGAGGCGACCGCGUUUGACGGAUCAGCUGACUUCCAAAUUCGCCGUGUUUCCUCGAUAAGGCCGGGACGCUGUAGCGGGAGAUGGAACGAAGGUUACCGUGAACGUUCACGUGAAAAAGAAUCCCGUAGAACCGGAGAGGCGCAUUAAUUAAAACGUGGCCGUUUGUCUCUCGGCUUGUCAAGAGAUACGCGUUUGUCAUCAAUCUCCGCCACACGGACACCGCAUCUCCUUCUUUCCGUCGCGACGACAGCAUUGUUCCUUGACCGUGCGAUGGCUCGCGAUUCACGUUCUCUCCGAUUCUAACGCACCUCGACGAGAGAAGGCACGGAUCGAUCUCGAAGACUUUACGCAUCCGCCGUUCGGCCGAUGCACCUGACACCUCAUUAAAUCUUGGACUUAUCUAGAAUCGGUUUUCCCCUCGGAGAGCAGAAGAUAUAGCUUAACGUCUACCUCGCGUCUGAUACAGCACCUGUGUCAUUGCUUAUUUUACAGUAGUCUCAUCGCGAUCAUCAUGGUGCGUAUGGAGAUCCUCAGUUUAAUGAUCUCUGCGAUCAAAAACCUUCGCGAGCUCAAAGGAUCUACAUCACGAGAAAUUCUUCACUACAUCUCAUCUGUUCACAAAAUCCCGGCUGCCGUGGCACGAUGUCAGGUACAGAAUGCUUUAAAGCGCGGAGUUGCUUGUGGCAUUCUGAAGAAGACCGAUGAUCACUACAGUCUGCCGACCGACAACGAGAUCGCGCGGCAGGAGGUGGCCGUUCAGGAGAUCGGCAUGCUAGAUUCGUACUGUCAGCGAAAAGUUCAUCGAUCGCGGGGCGGCAGGGUACGACGUAACGGAGAUGCUAGGCAUAGUCGAAGGGCCGCCUGCAGGUGCAGUAGGAAAAGCGCGCGACGAAGAUCACGGAGAUGCAGGUCAAGGUCCUGCGGGAGGGGAGCAGGGAAAAGAUGCAGAUGCGGAGACUUCGGUAGACGUGUUCAUGACGGGACGACGAGGCCUAGGCUCGAACCUACUCUAGAUACCGACAAAUUGACGGACAAGUCGACUAGAUCGGACCAGAUUACAACAGGAGCCAGCGUGAUUGGUGGUAUCGAUCGAAGCAAUCACUCAAACGUGUCUUCCGAACAAUGGGAUAGCAGCAUACCGUUAUCAUGUUAAUCGAAUGAAGAUAUUUCAGUGAUGCCGUCCCUUUAGGAUUCCCAAAAUUUUCUAAUAUGAGUACGAUAUUUUAAUUUUCUAAAAACUCAAAUUGUUUUGGAAAGAAAAUUUUAUUUCUAUUUCCAUUUGAAUCUUUUCUAUAAGUGUUUCCAUGUGUCCUAACAGUUUUGGAUACAUACAUACGUAUACAUACAUAUAUUGAAAAAAGAAUUUGAUUUGUAGAUGAAUGUUGUUUCUGUAACUAUCUGUGUUUUAUAUGUUGCUGUAUAUUUUUACGUCUACUACAUAAAUAUAUAUCAAAAUAUUAUACGAAA